AUGGCAGCUGCAGAGAGCCCGUUCCGGAGGCCGCCCCAGCGAGGGCCAAAGAAGCAUCUGGUCUCCCUCGCCUUCGCAGCUGCCAUCUUCGCAGCCGUGCUGACCAGCACCAGGAGAGCCUUGUUCGCGCAGGUCAAGGCUCCGGAGGUCGUGCCCAGGCCAAGUGCGAAAAAGCACCACGAGGCCAUGACGGUCGUCCAACUCAAAGAAGAGCUGCGGCGGCGGGGCGGCACCGUGAGUGGGCGGAAAGCCGAACUAGUUGCACGCCUCGAAGAACUCGCUUCUCAAGACGUUUCCGAGGAAGCCACUGCGCCCAAAGCGGCGGUGCCCCAGCCCCGGAGAUUGGCAGCUCAGCAGGCAUUUGCAGCUGGGGCAGCUGGGAACCCCGAGGAGGAUGUCAAAAAAUGGGCGGAGAAGCGCGUCCAAUAUUCCGAGAUGCUGGAAAAACGAAGCGGAGGUGCCGUCGAGCUUUACAAGGAGGCGGAUGAGAGGCUCGCGGCCUACUUUCGCGAUUUUCCAGAGAUGCAAGCCGCCUUGAGGCCACAGCAGGUGCACAGCGUCAAGGAGUGCCUUGUUCGGAGGGGCCGCUGCCUCAAUGCCGACGAGAUGGGACUUGGCAAGACGCUUUCCUCCUUGGUUGUCGCUCAGGUCUACUCGGAGGAGUGGCCCAUGCUGGUCGUCGCGCCCACGACCGUGGUCCAGAACUGGGUCAAGGAGGUGAAGAAGUGGCUGCCUCACCUGGCCGAGGAGGUGCAGGAGAUCAACUCCCAGUUCCUGAAGCCGAAACGGAAAGACCUUCUCGACGCCUGGGUCAACAAGCUGAUCUUCGUGGUCUCCUAUGAUCAGCUCUGGCGAAAUCCAGCCCUGGGUAUGCAACCGGAUGGCAGCCCCUACCAGGCUCACUUCUGA